UGGUAUGAAAUCCAACACAAUGGGAAAGUGUUGAAGGGUUGUGUGAGGUCACAUGAACAAGACGAUACCCAAAAAAUUCCAGUUCCUGUACUCUGUUUACAUGCCUGUGUUUGCAGACGAGCUGUGAUACAGCACAGCUAUUCUAAAGGUUUGAUCACCAUCAUUCCACAGGCUGCACAUGCAAAAGCUCCUUUUCUUCAUUUUGUGCUUAAUAGCCACUUAUGAAUCCUGAAGUGAACAUUCAAUAUUAAAUGAAGACGCGGCGGCCCGGCAGCCUUUUCUCUCUCUCAUGUAUUAAUAGAACAGAGUCAUGAUAUGCUGCUAUUCCCUCCCCCACCCCCAUGGUGCCCUAGUUUCCAUUCCCAGUUAUGCGGUGCACCCUUUUAGGAACUAGCAACACCCCAGCUCUGAGGGACGGGUGCUGCACGGCACAUUCUGGGACAAUCUGCUGCCAUCCUUCAAAGGGAAUAUUAAUGAGCUAAAUUCAGGUUAUUAGUGCCACAAGACGCUCUUCUUGUUGGGAGAAUCUGUUUGAUGUCUGAGCUGAUCCGCCAUGUCUGCUCUUCAAGUUUUUGUCAUAAGCUGCAUGAAUAAAACAGAGAGGCUCUGAUGGAAAGAUCCUGUUGAAGAGGGAUUGUAGUUUAUGGACAGAACAGAGGAAGAGGAGGGGGGCGAUGAGAAGGUCUGGAAUGCAUCUGCAGUUAUUCUGGACAUUGACUCAGGAUCCUGGGCAGACCGCUCCCCCCUCCAUGACGCCGCCUGCCAGGGUCGCCUGCUGGCCCUGCGGACCCUCAUCCUACAGGGUCACGAUGUGAACGUCCUGACCAUAGACCAUGUGACCCCCCUGCACGAGGCCUGCCUCGGAGACCAUCCUGCUUGUGUGCGGGCUCUCAUUGACGCUGGAGCUAACGUUAACACCUCAACAAUUGAUGGGGUCACCCCCCUGUUCAAUGCCUGCGCAGUCGGCAGUGCGGCAUGCGCAGAGCUUCUUCUGGAAAAUGGGGCAAAGCCCCAGACUCUGGUGUACCACCCUUCACCCAUACACGAGGCCACCAGCAAAGGUCAUUACGGCUGUGUGGAGGUGCUGGUGACUUGGGGGGCAGAUGUGGACACGGACAUUCCUCACCUAGGCACGGCACUUUACACCGCCUGCGUCUGCCAGGAACUGGAGUGUGCCAGGAAACUCUUGAGGGAAGGUGCAAACGUUCAGAGAGGCAGGUCCCUGGAUUCUCCUUUACAUGCGGCUGCAGAGAAAGACUGCACUGCUGUGGUGAAGCUGCUGCUGGACUUUGGAGCGGACAUUAACGCCAGAAACACGGAGUUCCAGAGACCGGUGGAUGUGGCCCCUCCCAGCAGUGGGACAGAAGGCUUUCUGCUGCUUUAUGAAGCCACGCCCCGGAGGCUGAACCAGCUCUGCCGUCAGCGCAUCAGGAGCUGCGUGGGCCGGGACCGACUCCACCUCCUGUCCCACCUCCCCCUGCCCAACAGGCUUAAAAACUUCCUGCAGUACCAGUGACAGCAGGACCACGGCGCCGAAGACGAAGCUGCCUUUUACAAGAGAAGCUUCAGCAAAGACUCCUGAAGUUUGAAGUUCGCCUCAGUUCAGAAAGAUCUUUAAAUCUCAAGCUGGAGGACUUCUGCUGCUAAAGCAAGGACCCACUUUAGUUUAUGAAUAUGAAUGAAUAUUUAUUAUGUCUGUUUUGCAAAAGGAACUUAGUAGUUAUAACAGUAACCAAAGAGUGAUGCACUUUACAUGAGAUUAUGUCAUAAAAAAACAAAAUAUUUACGUCAAAGAGUUUUCUAGAUUUUGUACU